UAAUAAUAUUUAUAUUUUACAAGAUUUAUUUCUACAAAUGAUAAGUGCAAGUAAAAGCGAGGAAAAAAGAUAAAGGUCGAACGGUGUUGAAGCGAGUGGAACACUUUGUUUAUUCAUCUUUUUUACACAUCAAACUUUUUGUUUGCUCAUCGUUUUUACACACCAAACUUUUAUUUUGUUUAUUCACUUUUUUUUUAUAAUCGAAACCUUGUUUUAAUUGAUUUUAUAUUAUGUCACAUCACGUAAUGUGUAUAAGUAGAAUGAAAUAUGACUAUUUGCGUUUACAUAUGUAAACCUACUAUGACACAGAAUCAUUUCGAGCAUUUUAUAGUCGCCAAUUCGACGAACCUUCCACAUCGAUCUGUUUGAUCGCUCAUAUAAUCGCGUAAAAUGUAUAAUCUAAGUUCCAUUAUUAUUUUAUUAAUAUAUCAGACACUUUUGUGCAUAUUUUCUAUAUAUAUAUAUAUAUAUAUUAUUUCUAUAUAUAUAUAUUCUUUAAGAUAUUCCUUUAUACCGCGGGCCUUCGGUAACAUAGCGUGCGGUCAACAAUAAUGAUUAAAUCCAAAACUUAAUUAAUUCUGUCUUAUAUUAGCUGAUCCUGCGUGAUGUUCCUUCGACAAUAUCGAACGUUGAAGUAUAAUCUUAUUGAGUCGAUGACCAUUUGAGAAACAUGUAAAUUUUAUGCUGUGUAACUGAUUUGAUGUAACCAAGUUAUUUAAUUGAGUAAACAUUUCAUACGAAGCUUCUUCUUCAAUUAUUCUCGCGCCUUAAAUAAUAAUUAUGCAUUAUAUCGUCGCCCAGCCCUGAAGUUCAAUCAACAAACUACAAGAUAUAAAUUUAGCAUCUGUUUUUCAGCAGCAUAAUUGUAUAAAACAUGAGAAAUCGGGAUAUCACAGGCAAAUGGAAGCACGUUGUAAUAGAACGCUAAUUAGUUUUCCAGAUGGAAUUUAUCCUUCUCUAUCGUCCGGUUACUACGGUCAUCCACGUUUUUAUUGAGCUUAAUGCGAAACGCAGCCGUCGUCCACUUUACACUCGGAAUGCAUCACUCAGCGUAUAGUGGUAUGGGAGACAGGGACGAAGUUUUGAGUGCGUGUUGUAUGGAUUCAUUCUGUUAUCACGUUACGGUAGAAACCGGGAAAGGAAGAGAAAGAGAAAAGGACGAAAAAGAGUGCGAGAGAGGAUCUUCAUCCGUCCCUGAUCGCACACAUGUGCUGCUCACGUGCGUGUCGGAUAUCUGAGAGAAAGAAGGAGCAAGGGGAAAGAAACGGGAGGGCGGGGAGAGAUGUUAAGUAUCCGUGACACCAGAGAGAUGAGGAAAUUUUCAUAUUCCGGAGGAACGGAAAGAGGCUGUACCGGUCGCCUCAUUGAUGAAGAUAGCAUCGUUGUGAACGGUUAGCGAAAGCGUUUCUGUAGUCGCGUCCACGGCAUGGCAGCACGCAGGAGGGAAGAGUCGACGAAGCAGCGAUACCAAGCGAACGCUCGAGAGAGAGAUCGCACUCUUAGCGUGAACACGGCUUUCAGCGCCCUGAGAACUUUGAUCCCAACCGAGCCGGCUGACCGCAAGCUGUCGAAAAUAGAGACCUUAAGAUUGGCCAGCAGUUACAUUAGCCAUUUGGACGCCAUACUCAUUGCGGGUGCCAUGGAUCAACCUUGUACGCGUCUUUUAGAAAGUAGCGGCGUUUGUUCGACAAGACCACAAAGCUCGGCUUCGACCGGUGGUACGGAGGGGUCUAGUCCUGCCUCUAGCCCUGCCUCGGCCGCGAGUCUUACGAUGGCUGCGCCGAAAUACGGUACGCUGGUACCGAACCGUAUUUUCGUAGGUGGCAUUUCGGCCAGCACCAGCGAAGCGGAGCUAGCUCAGGUUUUCUCGGCCUAUGGCAAUGUCAAGGCCACGAAAAUUAUAUCGGACCGCGCUGGCGUGUCAAAGGGUUAUGGUUUUGUCACCUUCGAAACGGAGGAGGAGGCUAAGCGGCUUCAACAAGAGGCUGAAUGCAUCGUCUUGAGAGAGAGGAAACUCAACAUAGCGCCCGCAAUCAAGAAGCAGCCCUUCUCCAGAUCCUUUGACGGUAGUACCGGUUCGCCUCCUUCCGUGCCUACAAGUACUUACUACUACGCGAACGGUAUGGGUCUCGCUUAUCAGAAUGGUAUGACAUUCUAUAACACGGCAGCUGCCGCACCAGCGACUUCCAUCGCUCCACCUACGGAUCCAGGAACGAUUUAUCAAGCUACAGGAGUGUUUGGGCCUCAAGCCGCUACCGGACAUCAAACGUUCGCUCCUGUGAUGUAUCCAUGUCCGGCCCCAUCAUUGUAUAUGCCACAACAAUAUCAAUAUUCUCCUAUGCCGUACGAACCGUACUACGCAGGAGCGGCCACCGGAGCACCUCAGUACUUGUACGCUACUACUGGCAGUUCGCCAAGCAACACGAAUAGUGGUGGAGGUGGCAACAGUUCUGGCAGCAACGGCAAUAACGGUACAGGAGCUACCAGUCCGCCGACGGGCCCACCGCCACCUCUCCCACCACCGCAUCCAACGCACUUUUACGCUCCUGCCGCGCCUGCUCCACAUCAUCAUCCACCUGUACCAACGGGCCCUCCUCCCCCGGCGCAGGUGGAUCAUCUGUACUAUCCUUUUGCGGCUGGCCCGCAUCCCGCGCCGCCGCCGCACGCAUCUAUGGGACUGACCGAGCAGCAGCUGUUGUUGUACGCUACGGACGCUACUUCGUGCCAGCAAACCUCUGCGUCUGAUAGUCAGGCUCCACAAGAGGAUUCACGUCCGACGCCAAGCCACUCGGAGCAACCGCACAGCGAAGUGCAACAGGCUGCUUCAGGCUCACCGGCAACACCUCUGCUGCCCUUAAUGCCCGUCAAAUUCCCUAUGUCCGGUCGUUACCACACUAAUUACCAUCCGAUCACGAUACACACGCCGCACAGCGCGCAAAACGACAGUGAGGACUGCACUACCAGUCCGAUGCACUGUCGCAUCCUCUAUCAUCCAACCGUAUACAUUCCGCACACACACCCGCCACCGCCAUACACACAUCACAACGCGUCUGGUACCGCUAGUCUUCUACCGACACCGUUCUCACCCUUGCCGCAUCAGUCCGGUUACGACAACAGCAACACGAAGACGUACGGUCACAAUUCCAGAGAUUGCAAUAAGUACUCGAGCGGUCAGGGUAACAAUUUACGCGGCCAGGGGGGUCAGAAUCAUGGCUAUCCGUUGGCACAUCACAAUACACACGGCAAGUCGCUGAACACAUACGGCGGUACACAGUCACACAACAAAUGUAGCGGAAACACGGCGGACGGGUCGCACAAAUAUCCGACAAUAGCGGUGUCGUCGCGAUUGCCGGUACAGUACAAUAGGAGAACGGCUGGAUCGAACGUGGGCUCGUCGGCGAUCCUCAGGUCCGGCGGCGGCUACGCUUCGAAUCAGGCUACGCACAAGGUCAAUCACACUACGUCCAACUACUCGUAUUCGACGAACGGACGCGCGAGGCACUGCGGUGACGAUCAGUAUUACGAGAUCAACAAACCGUCGAUGACCGGUGGUUAUGGCUCGGGUCGUAAGAAUUGCCUCUCGAGUAACAAUAAUAACAACUACAGAGGAAGCGCCGCCCGGUUGGACUUACACGGAAACGACAACAGUCGGCCUAACAAUGACACGGCCCAGACGGACAGUGUCGUCGUCACGAGCACGUCGACGACGCUGUCAUCUCGCCUGUCUCCAUCCGAGCGGAUAAACGCGGACGCGUCCAACACCCAGGAGAAGCCGGCGAGCCCACCGCCAGCUCCGUACUCACCCAUGACACGGCCUCUUCCAACUCUCUCCCCACCCACUCUCCAGGUCCAGUUUUAUGCUCCGGCUCAGAAUCGUUAUCAGCCAUCCUCCAUGCCCCUGUCCCAAACACAACAGCAGCAGCAACAACAGCAGUCCGCCGGCAAUCAACGCAGCCGGUACUCCGUCGGCCAGGCGCUAUCGUCCACCAACCGGAAGCCGUCCGACAAAUAUUCAAGCACCACCGGCUCGCAGACGACGAUACUGCGACAGUCCAAGUAUAAGAUGAACGGUAUAAUGCAGACCACGGCCACAGCGGUGGCGGGCAAACUCGCCGACGAUGCUCUAGGAGGCGCCGGCGACGGUCCUGGAAGGUUACCGAUAACGCCACCCGGUACGCCGCGGACGGCUGGCCAUCCGGCAGCUGGUGAUCAGCUGAGCGACACGUGCCAUCAGAUGCAGGCGCUGACUCUGUAGACGCUUCCUAUCCUCCUUUCUUUGUUCUCUUUGCCCUCUUCGUAAUAAAAGUAAAUAUUUAUCUUAUAAAAGUCGAGAGAGACCACGCGCGACCUAAGACGACGACUGCAAACUGUGAAAAACAGUACGGAAAUCAAGACGCGACAUAUAUACAUACAUAAAUAUACACUCAUAAAUAUUUAUAUAUAUACAUAUAUAUAAAUAUAUACACAUGCUACGGUAUAAUUUCUCUGGAUCUCAGACUCGACAUGCUAAAGACAUUUUGUAGAAAUGAAAUCUUUCCCAGUUCGAUCAUCAUGGUUCGCUGCGAUCGGUCAAGUAGGAUCUAAAUGAAGAAUUAUCACAUGAGUACGUGCAAAGAACGAUAUAUUAUUAAUUAUAUGUAUGGAGGGAAAGAAAAAGGUAGAUGAAUCUAAAAAGGAACUAAUUGUUCUAGAUACAACUACCUUUUUCUCUACUGUAGCAAAGAAUUAACAAAGAUAAAACUUCUAUCUUAAUGCAUACACACAAAAACACACGUAUACACACAGAUAUAUAUUAUACGUACGAUACGUCAUUUACAUAUAUAUAUAUAUCUACGUUAUAUAAUAUACAUAUAUAUAUAUCUAUUACAAUAUAUCCAAUGUUAUAUGCGUGAUAGGCUCGACAAACCAUGAAUCUCGCGAGCAAGGCUAGAUUAGUUAGCAAAGAUAGAACCGAAAGAAAAAAA